AUGCGACCAGAUCUUUUGCAAUCCUUGUACAGCUCUUGUGCCGUCAUCUCUCGAGCACACGAGGGUGUGGACAGUCGAGAUUGUCCGGUGAGACGUUUGUGUCCAAAUGUGAACGGAGCCUGGGGUGAAUGGGGUCCAUUCGGACCGUGUUCAGCCACUUGCGGUCAUGGAACAAGGAGUCGAAUUCGACUGUGCAAUCGACCCCCACCACAAGGUAACGGUCUGAAUUGUCAGGGCAUUGACACUCAGAAGAUCCCCUGUGAAGGUCCAGUUCCGUGUCCGCAGCAGGGACAAUGGUGUCCUUGGUCAAACGUAAUUCAGCAUUGCAGUCACCAGUGCGGACCAGUCGGUAUGGGGUUGCGUACACGCCAGUGUGCAUGUCCGAAACCGACUUACGGCGGUGAGAACUGUGCUGUACCCCCGGAAGCAGCAGCACAUGCAGAAUAUGAAGAGACAAAACGUAACUCCCCCGAAGGAAUUCCCCUCCCUCCAGUGUAUGCAAUUGAAGCAAUCCGUUUGGGACAAGGACGUUGGGAGCCGUGUAAUCGACAUCCCUGUCCAUAUUUGAAAUUUCUAAAGACCGAUGAGGAACAGUACCUAAUUCAUGAUUUACAGGUUCAAAGAUUUGAAGACGCAUGGGCCUGGUCAGCUGGAGUGCCUGCAAAGAGAUAUGAACCGGUACAGCUGCGUUGUCCGCCGUCUCGUCUAUCCCGAGUCAAUGUAUUUGACAAGCCCGGUAGAUUUCCAAAAGCGCACUCCUAUUGGACGCGGUCUUUGCCCCAUUCGGCCAAUACACCAUCGGAUGCACCCGGAUUCCCCGUACACAACACCAAAACUAUUCUGGUUGAAGGAGAUCGGCUGACUAUACGAUCCUUGAUUCCUGAAGCAACUGGAGUUUACCGGUUUGGAUAUGAAUAUGAACCUGGUUAUUUCGAAACAGUUUGCUUUUACACUGUAUACAUAGAAGAUUCCAUUUGGAACCUGCUCUAUGGCAGCACCUUUGACCUGACGUGUAACGCCCUUGGCCUGUGGCCCGUACUUCAAAAAUCUGGUCUGGGCAGCUGGUCCACUUAUUGGGAAGUGAAACUGGACAGCGAACUGGAAGAUUCUGAAUCCGAAUCUCAUUGGUGGUACACAGAAUUGAUGAAACAGUACUCGAAGGAAGAGCUUGCCAAACUGAAUUUAUCAACUACCGGUGACGACCGCAGAGGAGAGCAAGGAACCGGAUUGACUUUAUGGGACACGGAAUAUCGUCGCAUUUAUCAAGCCACACCGUCUCUGAACGGGCGCUAUACUUGUGUGCUGUUUAAUGCGGUCAAUGACACGUACAACAGGACAUUUAUCACAGAUUCUUUUCAACUGUCUGUUGGUCAACCAACAAGUAUUGGUGUAUUGAUAAGGGCUUGGUGCGUGCGGAAUAAGUGGAAUUUAGUUGCUCUAUUAGUCAUCGGUGUUUUGGCCUCAGUGAUCAGUGGUUGCUGCUUAUGGCGACGUGCACAGAAUAUUGCUCGUCUUGAAGUGUUUGCCAAGGAAGUGAGACGAGCACGCCGGAAUAUCAAUCUAGCAGACUUGGAUGCUAAAGUGGAUUAA